CCUGUGGCACAUCUAAAAACUGCAGGACACCGGCCCUCGAGGACUGGAGUUUGAGACCCCUGCUCUAAGUCCUAAAGGUUCGAGCUAAAUGUCCUUAAUUUCUACUAGUAGUUUGGGAAGAGAUGAAGCAGUGAUCAGAAAGUCCAAUAUGCAUCUUUUAUUUUGCUUAACGUCGGCUUAGUGUGUUUUCAUAUUUUGGAAGUUCAUUGCAGAUGUUUGCGCUGUUAAAAUCUCCAAAAACAACAAUAAGAAAGGAUGGAUGUUUUUCCUUUAUGAUCUGUUGUCUUGAAGAAACCUCCUUUUCUCCUGAGAUGUUCCUCAUGGAAACUGUUUGGAAAAGAAGAGAGUCAAGAAGAACAACAGGUUCCUCUGCAGUGACUGAUGUAUUUGUGAAAACUGGAGAUGAUUUAAUUCUUAAUCUCACAGAAGCUGAAAUUCCAUCAAAUUCUCGCAUUUGGAUAUGGCAAUUUAAAGAUGAUAUACUGGUAGAGUUUUUGCUUGGUUCCCAACCAAAUGUUGUUAACAAUCGCUCUGGAAAAGUUGAAGUUAUAGAAAAAAGUUGCAGUGUGAAAUUACAGGAUCUACAGAAGUCACACAGUGGUAUUUAUACUGCAAUGGUAGUAUCACCUAAAGAGCAAAUACUGGCUCAAUACAACGUUGUAGUUCAAGAUCCAGUGUCUCCAGUUGAUCUCACCUUUACCUGCUCAUCCAGCUCCUCCUAUAACCUGACGGCGACCUGCAGGACAGACGACGCUUCCAUCAGCAUCACUCUGAGAUGUGAUUAUUUAACCUGCAACCAGGAAGAAGCAGAGAGAAGAUCUUUCACCAAAUCUGGUUCUUCUCUUCAUAUCUAUCAGUUACAAGAAUCAAUCAUCUGUAGCCAUAGCAACCAGGUCAGCAAGGCUGAAUGCAAAGUAAAGAUUGAGACUCACUGCACUGAACUUGCUAAAAAGAGAAACAUUACAAUUAUUAACAUCACAAGAAUAAUCCUGGCUGCAUUACUGGUUGUAGUUUUCAUCUUAACUGUCGUUAUAAGAAAAUGUAAAAGGAAAACCAAACCAGAGGAAAUGAUGUACGAGUUUCCAGAGUGACACCAGGUGAACCAGACAAGCAGAAUCCUGUAGCAGGUUCUGCAGACGGGUCGUUCUGACUCAUGAAGUUUCUAACAUCGGAGGGACUGGAAACACCUCCGAACAAACGGAGGAAACCUGUUCACUGUCUCAUAAAUAUAAAUAUGAUGCUUUUGUACAACUGUAAAUAUGCUUUGUGACAAAGAGGAUCCAUGAUGUCCAAGUUAAAAUAUCUAACAAGUUUGAUCAUCAUGAAUGUUAAACAUGGAUUCCCAGUGACAUCUGCUGGGUGAGUAGAGAAAUUACUGAGGAAAUACAAGAUUAUUAUUAAUCCCAAAAACCCAACAAAAUAUUUAUUUUGUUUUCAUGUCUUUUAAUGUUUUCUAUUCUUAUCUAUCCUUUGUGUUGUUAAGGUGAUUUUCAUGUUUCUCCAUGCAGAAAAUAAAAUAUAAUUGACAGAUG